AUCCGCCUGCAUCUGUGGAAGUCGUUGGCCCUGAGCCUGGUCCAGAUCUCGCCAGGCGCAGGCAGGGACGCCACUAGGCAGUGGGGGAGCCCUUUACAUGGUGGAGGCCUCCCGGCCCCCGGGGCCGGGUGCCCAGAGGAAUUAGCGUGGAAGUUUUUCAUGGCGGCAAAACUUUCUGGAGCUUGCUCCAAGCCAGGCCAGUGGAGACACAGCCUUGAUUUCUCCAGCAGCUCCACAAGGCGGAGCAAGGAAGGGGUGGGAGGACCGAGGACACUGGUGGGAGAAUGUGCGGAAUGUGCCAGGCGCAUCUACCUACCCCAGGAGAGGGCAGAGGAAGGAGGCCGGCCGAGGGGAGGGGCAAGGGGCGAGGCUCCCUGCAGCCGGAGAAAACCUGUUUGUUCUUGGGCGGGCGGAGCCCAGUCUGUGCCACCUCGUUUCCAGGCGCGCUCUUCGCUGCGCCCCUCGCCCGCCAACACAGCUCGGUAGGGUCCAGCACUGCCCACCCGAGGGAGCCCGAGCACCACGCCCGCCCGACUCGCCGCCCGUCCAACAAGCCAGGCACCUGUACCAGGAGCCCACUGAAUCCACUAGUAACAGAAUUGAAAAAUAAACAUCAUGAAUGUCUCAGCAUUAGGAGGUAAUGGAAAAGGGAAACCUUUGUCAUCUGGUGAAGAGGAGCGCAAUAAUGUCCUAAAACAAAUGAAAGUACGAACUACACUGAAGGGUGACAAGAGCUGGAUCAUCAAGCAUGAAGACUCAGAGGACCAUACUAUACAGCUUCACUCUGGACAAAACCAUACUACAUCCUCAUCAGUUGGAGAGGUCUCAAAUGUCAGGUCUCCAAAUACAAAGGCUCCUGCUGGUUACAUCAUCCGGGGAGUGUUCACCAGAACAAUAGACAGCUCUUCUCACUACCAACAGCACCUGUCUAAGACCAAUGGAGCGCCAAGAAGUGCUUCUGAACUGCUGGGAACAGCUAAUUCUGGUCGUCCUCAUCAGUCCUCUGGUUAUAAGAUGACUACAGAAGAUUAUAAGAAGCUGGCACUGUACAAUAUCAAGUGCAGCUCCACAUCAGGGACUGAGGAGGAGGAGGUGCCCUUCAUCUCAGAUGAACAGAAAUGGCGAUCACAAGCUGCAAGUGGUGUUCUGAGGAAGACAGCCCCACGGGAGCACUCUUAUGUCCUCUCAGCAAUUAAGAAGAACACUAGUCCUACUCAAGAGGUGCAGGCCCCAUUUAUUGCAAAGAGGGUUGAUGUGGUUGAUGAAGAUGUGCCUCCUCAGAAAAAACAGGAGCCACCUGCUCUGGCAAGACCUGUUUCUGGCUUAAGCAGUGUGGAUGGAGGCAAAACCCAAGUGUCUCAAGCAAUUCAAAUUGAGUGCAUGACCAGUGUACCCAGCCCCUCUGGAAGUCAGGAACCCAGCUUGAAAACUGAGGAGAUUGUCCGUUUGCAGAUCACGACCCCCAGAGCAGGACUCCACCUGGUGGCCUCAGAUCUGGAAGCCCUGAGGUCUUCCCACAAAAACAAUGAAGUAUCAUGCUCUGAAGAAUUCAAAAGAGAUUCAGCUUAUGAGGAUAAAUUUAAGAAUUGCAACACAGAUUCUGAAAGCCCCUCAGCUGAUUGUGAGAAGAAUGUGGCCCCCAAGACCAUCAAGGCCUGUCAGGAGACAGAUGGAGCUACAGAAGGUAGCCAGAGAGACCCAGCCAUGGCCACUCAAUACUCUGCAGAUCCCAGCACCCCAGAGCUGGAGAGCAGCCCUGGUGUACCCAAUCAGGUCAUCAAACUUGAGGCCUGUGUCAGCAGCACUCCAGUUGCUUGCAAGGAGAAUAAUACAGCUCCCAAGAUCAAUGAGGCCUGGCAGGAGACACCUGAGCCCCCACGAGGCUGCCAAGGAGACCGAGCUGUGGCUACUCAACAACUUGCAGAUCCCAGCACCCCAGAGCCACAGAGCAGCCCCAGCAGAUCUGAGCAGCAAACCAAACUGGGCAAUCGUACCAAGCUGAAAGGCCCUGAAAGCUCCAUGGUCACUGUUAAUGUUGGUACCAUCUCUGAACAGACUCACUUGCAUAUUCCAGCUGCCUCAAGUGAGCUGGACUUCAGCUCAACUAUCAAAGGGAUUCUCUUCGUGAAGGAGUACAUGCAUGCUAGUGAAGUGUCUUCUGGGAAGCCAGUGUUUUCACACUAUGGCAGUACCAGCAGCACUGAAGACUCAUUGAACCUGGAGAAGAAACCCCCACAUGAAGGCACUCCACCCUCUGAGAGACCAACUGAAGGGGUCUGUACUUACUGCACCCAUGAGAUCCGAGACUGUCCAAAGAUUACCCUUGAACAUCUUGGCAUCUGCUGCCAUGAGUACUGUUUUAAGUGUGGGAUUUGCAAUAAACCAAUGGGUGAUCUCCUAGAUCAGAUCUUCAUUCACCGUGACACCAUCCACUGUGGGAAAUGCUAUGAGAAGCUCUUCUAGGAAAUGCAUUUGUGUUGGACUUAGGCUCACAAUCACUGCUGAACAGAAGCUGAUGAGCCCCAGAUACAUUUGGGUGUCCAGUUGCCCCCAAAUUGUUGGUUCUUCCCUUACAUCCUCCCCUACCUGGUUUCACUGUCCUUCUGCCCACCUUGUACUGAAAUAAUACAUCUAGUAUUGUAUCUCAAUGAUGUUAUAAUUACACAUGUAUAGCCUUUUAUACCUUAGAAAUUCAAAUCCAUAUCUCAGUUGCUCCCAGGAUGAAGGACUCCACUUUGACUUCCCUAAUAUGUUGGCUUUCUAAUGAGUGCAGAUGACCUGGUAUGCUAGACAUGGGCACAAGUGUAGGUAUCAGUGUAUGCAGACUUUUGGAGGCUUCUGAGGGACCAAACCAAAUGCUGUUGAUGAUCCCUAGUAGGGAAAUUACAGGCAUUGAAUGCUAAGGGUUGGCAACAAGAUAAUCACUGUGUGUGUGUAUGUGUGUAUGUAUUUUUAAUUUCUCAUACAAUUCUUAAAAGUUGUUUUUGAUUGAAUUAUGUAGCAGAUUUAAAUUACCUCCUCCCAUUCUCCUUUGAGUUUUUCCAGUCAGGUAUGUCAGUACAUACUGAAAAGUUUACCCAGGUUUAAAUUUGAAAAGAUACAAUAUUAGGAGGCUUCUAACAAAAGGGAUAUCUGUGUCUGUUUGAAUUUUAAUAGCUAGUUCAAGUGUUUACCCUCAGUGUCCUGUUUCCUAGAUUUUACACAGAAAUUCUCUGAAGUAUGUAGCUUCUAAAAGAGUAGAGAAGAAAACAGAUAAAGUUUCUUGAGACCUCACCACACACCAGGCAUUACCACAAAGCAUUGGCUUUUAAUUUCUUUAGUAGUCUCUAAAAUAUUCUCAUUUUAGAAAUGAAGAUAGUAAUGCUCAGAGAAGUGGGAAGAAUCCUGUAGAACCACUAUUGUCUCUCUCUGGAGCCUAUACUUUUUCCAGAAGCAAUAACCAUCAUGACACUGAGCUAGUAUUGAGCAUGUGCCAGGCACUGUGUAGAGGGUCCCUACUAUGAAAUACUGCCCUGAAGCAUACUCUUAGAAAUGGGAAAAGUGUGAAAUUCACUCCAUCUCUGGGCUUCUUGGAUCUCUCCUUGAAGCACUACAGUAAUCUAAUUGACAUCCAGUGAAUGGUGCAGUAGGCUCUCUGCCCUAAGCACACAGUGACCUAUUUUCUAGUCCUGACUCUGAUUCAAACCAACAUCAACUUCUAGGUACUCAAAGUGCUAAAAGCUGAUGUUUGCCAGAGCAGAGGCAGGUUCAUCUUUGCAGUCUGCUAAUAUGCUGCUCUAAUUCAACUUCACUUUGCUGCCUUUGGGUACAGCAUUAAAUUAUAAGCUCCUUGAAAGGAAAAAUAGCCCUCAAGAUUUGGGGAUGCAAAAUGGAGGCUUCUUCAUUUGAUUUACUUAUAAAAUAACUCAUCUCUUUCUUUAGACUCUAAGUUCUAAGCACAUUUGAGUAUAGACUUGUUCUUCCAUUCAAGUAAUCAGAGAAGAACAUUCUAUUUAUUUGCAUAUUUAUCUGCUGCGUGUACUCUGAAGGGAAGAAGGAGUACAGUAUGCCACAUCCCCACACUAAUUACCAACUAGUCUUUCUCGAGUCCCGCUCUAGCAUGGGACUUGGCAGAUUGUAGGCAAAAACAUAUGGGUGCCAAAUGAAUUAGUAAGAGAAAAGUAAGUUACUCCUUUGGUUAGAGGUGUUACCUGGGAGUCUCAGUGCAGGCCCCAUAGAUGGGAUCCACAGUAAAGAGGCCCAAGGCAGGAUGGUUUCCCCACCUUAAAGGUGUACUUUGCCAUUUAAGGAGUUUUAGAAAUAUGGAAGAUACUCAAAGACAGGUUGCAAUGUUGGUAUUGAUUUGACUACAAAAUAGCCCUUUUGUGUCUUAAAAGAGGGAUGGUUUUGCAUUAUUUUACUUCUUUUUAAUUGCUUAUUGUUUAUAGCUAAAUUUGCUAACCCACAUUAAUGUGUACAAAUUAUAAUAAAUGUUAAGAUAUUACACAUCA